AUGACCGACAGACCAGCGCCGCUGUCUACGCAUUCUGCGACUCCUAGUCAGAUCGCCCCUCUUUCUCUUUCGGGCGCAACGCCUAAUGACGAAGUUGCCCAACUGAUUGAGGGAGCGGAAGAAGAGCCAUACACUAUCAAGUGUAUAUGCACCUUCUCUGUCGAUGAUGGAAACACAAUUUAUUGCGAGUCGUGUGAUUCGUGGCAGCACAUCGACUGCUUUUACCCUGACAAUCGAGAGGAAGCCGUGCGCGAAGAUUUUGCACACUCGUGUGCAGAAUGCAAACCGCGCCCUCUCGACCGUCAAAAGGCUUAUGAUCGUACACUGCGCUUAAUAAAUGGAGCAACGGACGAGCCUGCCGACAAACGAACAAAAAGACCACCUUCCAAAAGCCAUAAGAAGAGAUCGAGGCCUGCGGAGCUACCAAUAAAUGGCCAUGCGAGUCCGCAGGAAAAUGGAAAGCAUGGUCAUUCUGGAGAUCAUCACCCUCCUCCCAAAAAGGCGAAGCAUCGCUCAUCACACUCUGUCAGUUCUCAGGCUCCCAAACGGAGCCCUUCAUACGGAAAUGGCCGAACAAAUCAUGCCCACCCUCCCAGCCCUGCAACUACCCCUCCUGACCUUCCUGAUGAUUUUCAAAUCCAUCAUUAUUCUGAAAAGUUCUACGACCUAUAUAAUGCCAGGGAUGUCCCCGAGUCACGGAACAAUGCUUUUGCCAGUCUUGCCAUUCCUACUGCGCUAUCUCGCUGGCUUCGCGAACCCAAUACGAUGCGGAGUGAAGUUGGCAGACGUCAUUCGGAAGUAUUCCAGAAGGCUCCCUCAAACUUGGAAGCCAACAAGCCUAAGCUUGAGGUCAGUGAUGCAACACGAACACUGGAUGAUGGCAAAGCCCUAAGAUGGAGGUUUCUCAAAUCAAGUACACCAAUCGAGAAGGAUGUACCUCUUGUUGAGCUAAACGGUGAAAUUGGGUUCCAAAAGGACUACUGUGCUGAACCUGUCAACCUCUGGGCAGAUUUAUCUUCGCCUCUCCCGUUUGUCUUUUUUCACCCUGUUCUCCCUUUGUACAUCGAUACAAGACAAGAGGGCUCUCUUGCUCGAUAUGUUCGCAGGAGUUGUAAGCCCAACGCCCAGCUUGAUACAUAUCUUUCCGAAGAAAACGAAUACCAUUUCUGGAUCGUUAGCGACAGGUAUAUCUCCGCCAAUGAACAAAUCACUUUGCCCUGGGAUUUCCGAUUGGAAAAGAGUGUGGAUGCACGAUGGCUUCAUCUUCUUGGCCUAAGUGACGAUGACUCGACCAACAAUACGGAAACUCCGGUAGAUGGGACAGAAUACAUGGCAAUAUCGAAUUGGAUAGAUCGAAUUCUUUCCGAGUACGGCGGGUGCGCUUGCGAUCUGGAUAACAACUGUGCGUUCGCACGAUUUCACCGUCAGUAUCUCUUCGGCAAACCCCAAGGACGUGCGCCAGCAAAAAAGAAAUCAAGAAAGCCGAAAACACAAGCCAUUUCCCCAACAAACACGGGGCAGACUGUCACCAGUCGAGCCACGAGUGAAGGCCAUGUUGACGAUGCUGGGGAUAAUGAUAACAGAUCCCAAUCUGGGUCUAUGCGAAGCAAGCCACCAAGUCGUGACCUUACACCUCUUCGCCAAGGAUCUUUCGACCAAUUAGGCAUACUGACUGAGCCAACGGAUCGAGACAAGCGGAAGGUUGCUAUGGUUGAGGAUUCGUUCCGUCGCAUGGAGCAGCAACAACCCUCACGGAAGAAAAAGCGAGUAUCAGAUGGUACUGGUUCAACAUCCUCUAAGUCGAAACAUCGCAAUGGCUCAGUUGCGUCUCAUGGCAACUACGUGGAUGCUGGGACUUGCAGGAGCCACUCAGGAUCCCCUGCUAGCUCCUCUCCUCAUAUUCAACAAAGGCCGUCAAUCUCGAAUCAAGACUCCACGGCGACCCCAUCACGCCAAUUAUCAGCUUCUCCCAGAGGAGUAUACUGUGAUGCAGCGGUACAAACGGACCCUGUCGAAGGCGCCUGGUUUAGUGGGCCACAUCAAUCACCUCGUCCCAAGAAGCGGAUCAUUUCGCUCUCGAAGCGACUCCUAAACAGCCGCCAUAGAGUCCGAGCUGAAGGAGAGGAUCUGCGCAGGCGAUCAUCUGUCAGCCAACUAUCUAAUGGCACCAUCAUGGAAGUUGACUCGCCUCUGGAGCACGAGGUAGUCAUCAAGCGAUCGGAUUCAGAAUUACCACCUUUGUUUUCCGCAUUAGGGGACACACAUAUGGCAGAUACCUCUUCACCAACAACAACCCCUGUACUAGGAUCGGCUUCGAGUGACACAUCGAUCAAGACAAAGACUCCCGACCUACGCGUGCAGCUACCUCCUGUGCCAGCGUUCGAUAGUGCAGGACUGGGGAUUCACAACGCAACAACACCAAAGUCUGGUGGCGUGGGUCACUCCCCCCUUGCAGGUCCAUUGCCAAGUCCAUUCGCUCCGCCGGCUGUAAACGGCAUUGGUACCCACCCUAGUCCUGUUAAGAAAAAGCUGAGCCUCAGUGACUACACUAAAAGCCGGAUGAACAAGGCUGCCGGGAGAACAGCUGGAGGCCACGCCGUUCUUAAGCCUUCUAUCUCAAGCCCUGAGGACACCAAGGUUGAUAUCAUGGUCGAUCCCCCGUCGAUUGAGAAGCCGGCGGAGACUUUGAUCAUGGCUCCUGUAGCCGCUGCCAAUGCGUCUUCAUAA